AUGCGUGUCCACGCUCUACUUCCAUUGGCGCUGCCGCUCGUAGCAGCAGCGUCUGUGCCUCUUGGUACUGAGUUCGCUCGUCGCCAGCUUCCUAACGAACCUACUGGUGUCAAGACCAUCAAGACUGCCAAUAAUGUCACCAUUCGGUACAAGGAGCCGGGCAAACACGGUGUCUGCGAAACCACUCCGGGUGUUAAGUCAUAUGCCGGUUAUGUUGACUUGGCUCCGGAUGCGCAUACCUUCUUCUGGUUCUUCGAGGCACGCCAUGACCCAGAGAAUGCACCAAUUACCUUGUGGCUGAACGGUGGUCCUGGUAGUGACUCAUUGAUCGGAUUGUUUGAGGAGUUGGGACCUUGCAGUGUCAACGAGAAGAAUGAGACCGUGAUCAACCCUCACUCUUUCAAUGAGGUCUCGAACAUGCUUUUCAUCUCCCAGCCUCUGGGUACUGGUUUCUCAUACGCCGAAAAAGAAGCUGGCUCUCUUAACCCAUUUACCGGAGUGUUCGAGGACGCGUCCUUUGCGGGUGUCCAGGGCCGCUACCCUGUCAUCAAUGCAACUAUGAUCGACACCACCAAUCUUGCUGCUGAGGCUACCUGGGAAGUUCUGCAGGGAUUCCUUGGUGGGCUGCACAAGCUAGACCCCAAGAUCAAGUCCCGGAGCUUUAACCUCUGGACAGAGAGUUAUGGAGGACAUUACGGCCCCGCUUUCUACGACCACUUCAUGAAAGAGAAUGACAAGAUUGCCAACGGUACCACCAAGGGCAUUCAACUGGACUUCAAUACUCUGGGAAUUAUAAACGGAAUCAUCGACGAGUCCAUCCAGGCUCCUCACUACCCCGAAUUUGCCCGCCACAACACGUACGGCAUUGAGGCGGUCAACGAGACUGUCUACAACUACAUGAAGUUUGCAAACUCUAUGCCCAACGGUUGCCAGGAUCAAAUUUCCUACUGCAAGACAACUAACCGCACAUCGUUGUCUGACUUGGCAAUCUGUACCGAAGCCGCCAACAUGUGCCGUGACAACGUUGAGAGCCCAUACUACGUCUUCAGCGGUCGCGGUACUUAUGACAUCCGCCACCCAUCCCAAGACCCCACCCCUCCCAGCUACUACAUCAACUACCUCGCCAAAGACGAAGUCAUGAAUGCCCUCGGCGUCGACCUCAACUACACCCAAUCCAACGCCGAAGUCUACUACGCCUUCCAGCAAACAGGUGACUUCGUCUGGCCCAACUUCAUCGAAGACCUCGAAGAUAUCCUCACUCGGCCAGUUCGCGUUGCUCUCAUCUACGGUGACGCAGAUUAUAUUUGCAAUUGGUUCGGCGGCCAAGCCAUCUCUCUCGCAACCAACUUCACGCACAGCAAGGAAUUCCGAGCCGCGGGAUACGCUCCCUUCACUGUGGAUGGCGUCGAGUAUGGCGAAACUCGUGAGUAUGGUAACUUCUCAUUCACCCGUGUUUACGAGGCUGGUCACGAAGUCCCGUAUUAUCAGCCCGUUGCCGCGCUCCAGCUCUUCAAUCGUACGCUGAAUGGAUGGGAAUUGCCGACUGGUGAGAAGAAGUUGACCCCAGACUUUGGCUCGGAUGGUCCUGCCACCGCGACGCAUACCGAGUCAUCGGUGGCUUUGCCUACUUCGGCUCCUACCUCAGGACUUUCUGUUGGAAAGAAGGGAUUCUAA